AUGGUAUCAUGGUCUUGUGCUGGGCUGCAUAGAACACGAAGAGGCAUACCGCCAACCAGACUCCACAUUCGCUUCCUAUGUCUUCCAACUACUGUCGGCCCUACGGGAGCUCCACGAGCUGGGUGUUGUGCACCACGACAUCUCGCACAACAACCACCCCGACUGGGGAGCUCACCAUCAUCGAUUUCGAAUACGUGGUCUGAGUUUGCUCCGGUGGGCACACCUGGGUACUUGGCCCCCGAGCUUCUUGACAGCUGCGGGUGGUGCCCACAAGUCUCCCACAAGAUCGAACAACUAAAGUUGUUGGGUGGUGCCCCAGGCCGAAGGGAACAGCCGGCAAGCCGACGCAGCAUCGAGCCGGCGUUCAGGAUCGAUGCACAGCAACUGGGUGACGAAUCCCCACCGCGCCCUCGUCAACUGCGGUCCCCUGCUCCAACGAAGGAAGAGUGA